AUGAAGUUAAGCAACACUCCACAAACUAAAUUGUCAAGACUUGAUGAUUCAACCUCUACAGACAUUCAUAAUAUGUGCUAUAGUAGAGUCAACAUACUUACUAAUGAAGUAGAAAAACUUACUGAUGUACUUGGAACAGCCUCACAAGAAAUGGAAGUUCUCAAGGAACAUAAUAGAGACUUAUAAAACUAAUUACAAGAAAUGGAACAAUCUACCUAAAUUAUAAAUUAAGAAUACGAUAAUUUAUGCGAUAGAUUAAAAUAGAAGAGCAUUGAGUCGGAAGAAUAUGCAUUCUAAGUUUAAAAAUUAACUCUUCAGAAAUAAGAACUCAGCCAAAAUCUCAAUAAAGUCUUAGAUGAAUUAGAAUAGACUAAUAAAAUUAUAGAAAUCAAGGAUCAAGAAAUUUAAGCCGGCAAACAAUAAUUUAUAGCAAAAACAGAAGAAUUGUAGCAAAGUUUAUAGCAGACCUAUCAUCUGGACUAAGCCUUAAGGGUAGUCAAGGAAGAGAAAUUAAAAUAUAUUUAUGAGUAUUAGUAGCUCCAAAAAGUUGUUAAAGAACAGGCAGAUUAAAUAAAUGAAUUAUUAGAAACCAAGAAUGCAUAUGAAUUAUUGAAAAUAGACUUAGAUGUUCUUAGAGUCAAUUAUUCUAACCUAUUGAAUUAGAAUAUAUAAGAAAAAAAAGAGCUAGAAGCAUAGAUUGACGUAUUACGUGACAUGCAUGGUUAUACAAUAGAAGAUUCAGAAAUGAAAUUUGCUAAUUAAAUCAAAUAAGAAAUUGAAAAUUACAAAUAAUUAUAUGAUGAAUAAUAUAAGGCUGAAAGAAUGAAUUAUGAAUCAAUUAUUGAUUAAUUGAAAAAUUAAGUUAAUACUUUGUAAUUGUAACUCUAAAAUGCAGAAUUAUUAAUAUCAACUCAUAAAUAAAAUUUAAUGAACCAAACGCAACUGACCAUGUUUGAAAAAAACAAUUAAGUGAGUGAGCUAAGAGCCUAGAAUUUUGUUCUAUAAGAAUCUUUAAGAAACAUGAGCAGAGAAUUAAAUGAGUUGUAACAGUAGAUGGAAAGUGGUAAUAUCAUAAGAUUUGAUGACGAUGUUAAGAAAUAGAUAGAAUACAAGUUAGACUUACUUUAAUAGAUUCAAAAGGAGAGGGAUGAAAUGAAAAAGGACAAUGAAUAAUUAAAAAGAGAGAAUCGACUGUUAAAAGAAAAUAAUGAAUUACUGUCCCAAUAAAUGCAAUAACAAUCGAAUGUUAGUUAAUUGCCUUAAUCGAUAAUGACAAGUUAAAUUUAAUCCUUGAGCAAUGCUCCAGGCUAGAAGAUAACUGAUAAUGAGAAAAUUAAAUAUUUACUCAAGGCAGUUGACCAACUACAAAAUGCCAUCAAAGAUAGGGAUUUAGAGAUUAACAAAUUAUCACAUCUUGCUAGUACUAAUGCUGGUCUGUCUUAAUUAAUUAAUAGACCUAAGUCUCAAAUACGAUUCUACCAUCUAAACACAGAAGACAUGACUUAAUUUGAUAAACAAUAAUGA